AGGAGUACAGGGGUCAGUAGGGAGUCAGGUUAGUGUUUGGGCAAAUAGUAUGAAAGAUAUGAGUGUAGGGGCAAAACAAGGCCGAGGUAUUGGCCAAUAGCAGGAGACAGGUGAGGGAUGGGACCAGUAGGAGAAGAUGAGGCAAAUAGUUUGACUCACAGGCCGGUUAGAGUGUAAGCUCUAGGGGUAGAAGAGGCUUCUAUCUCCGUGUGUCUCUUGGCACUUGAUUCACGUGACCAGUUCCACGUUGCACCUCCCAGAAGCAGCAACAGCGCAGUGGAACGCGCGGCACUCGCAGGGUUAACUUCCUCCCGUCCCACAAUCCUGUGCGAGGCUGCAACGUAGCCGGAAGAUGGCGGCGGAGGGUGGCUGAGAGACACAGACACCGACUGAUUCACACGUACCGCCCGCCUCCUGCCCCGAGCUCACAGACAUCCAGACAUGGCGAGUCCCCGAACCAGGAAGGUUCUGAAAGAAGUCCGAGUACAAGAUGAAAACAAUACCUGCUUUGAAUGUGGAGCCUUUAAUCCCCAAUGGGUCAGUGUGACAUAUGGUAUCUGGAUUUGCCUGGAAUGCUCUGGAAAACACAGAGGGCUUGGAGUCCACCUAAGCUUUGUGCGCUCAGUCACCAUGGACAAGUGGAAGGAUGUGGAGUUGGAGAAGAUGAAAGUUGGUGGAAAUGGAAAAUUCCGACAGUUUCUGGAGAUGCAGGAUGGCUAUGACCCAUGCUGGAGCCUACAGGAGAAGUACAACAGCAGGGCUGCUGCUCUGUACCGUGACAAGGUGGCUACUUUGGCUGAAGGACAGGAAUGGUCUGUAGAGACUUCAUCAGCACGAAACUGGACCCCCCCUCAGCCUAAAAUGAUGGGAGCUUCCUCUGUACGCUCCAGCGCUGGAUUAGCUCAGACAGGAUCCUCCUCAGGAGACAAAGCAUUUGAUGAGUGGCUGAAUGAUGAUAUGACUUCCUAUCAGAGCGGUGGAGGUUCAGGAAACCAAGAAAACAGAUAUGUUGGAUUUGGUAAUACGGUGAAUCCUCCGAAAAAAGAUGAUGAUUUCAUGAACAAUGCAAUGACUUCACUGUACUCGGGCUGGAGCAGUUUCACUGUCGGAGCCAGCAAAUUUGCCUCAGCAGCCAAGGAGAGCGCAAGCAAGUUGGGAACCCAAGCCACACAGAAGUUUUGGGGAGGGAACAAGCAUCCGCAGGACUCGGCCUCUGAGCUAGGCCAGACCAUAAAUGAGAAUGUUGUCAAACCAGCCCAUGAGAAGGUGAAAGAGGGACGAGUCUUGGAAGAUGUCUCAAGUGGAAUGUCCCACAUAGCAGCUAAGGUACAGGGAGUGAGCAGUAAGGGUUGGAAGGACGUCACAUCAUUCUUCUCGGGGAAAUCAGAGGAUAUGGGACAGAGCUCUGCACCUGAGAGUGGGUACCCACAGGGCAGUGAGGAAGGAUACCAAAACGCUAGCUACGGCAAAUCCUUCUGGGAGACCUUUGGCAGCUCUGAGGAGAUCAAGAAGCCUUCGAAAUCUCCAAGUGGGGACAGCUGGACCUUUCCAGAAAACUCCACAGGGAGGAAGAGCUCGGAUAGCUGGGAGGUCUGGGGGUCUGGGACCACCUCCAACAACAAGAACAGCAAUAGUGAUAGCUGGGAGAACUGGGAUAGUACUGAGGGCAAGGGAAAGAAGGGGGAGAAAGCACCUGCUGCAGAGGACGGGUGGGACAAUAACUGGUAGGAAAUGGCGCAUGUGUUUGUUCAGGCUGGUGUGUGUGUGUGUUUGAUGGGGUGAAACUCAUUACAUGACCCCAACAAUUGCAUCAGUGUAACAAUUUUGACCUCAUGGCCCUAUGUAGCUGAUUUGGCCCUUAAUUUGCACUGUAAACAAAUCUUUCAAUGUAUUUUUGCUGCGGGUUUCUCUGCCCCUGCCACCCCCAAACACACACACACGCACAGUGUGAAAAGUCACUGUUAAAUACCACACAAUGACUACGAUUACAAGUUCAGGACUGACUGGGGUAUGGGGUGCCCCCUAAAUAGCUCAUCUGUAAUCUCGUGUGUCAUCUCACUGCCUCAUCACCACCCCACAGUGUUAAAAUGGAAGGAAAAAUGAUUUGGCACACUCCUCAUCCUCAACCAAAACGUAACAAAGCAUCUCUUUCUUUUAAACUCUUGCUGGAAAGUCUGCGACCCCGUGGGUAGACUCCCUCCGUCUCCUCUUGGAAGGAACUAUGUGUUUUAUCCUUUGAUGUAGAUGUUUUAUCUAUUAAUUGUUCAAAUACCGGGCUGUCUAGUCCAAAGGCUGAAGACUUUCAGUCUGUUUGCAUUACAGCCAGUGGGAGGUGUAAGCUCCUGUGGCACCAAUAGCUGAAAUACAUUGGCAGGGAAAUAUCUAUGUGUGACUGAACGUCAUGAACUUCUCUCCGUUUACCUCAGUACAGCCUUCGCUUCAUUAUGCUGCUGAAUCUGCCUCUCUUACUGCCCAUUACCUUUACUCCAGGGGUUACAAAGCAACCCUGCCCCAUUAUAUUCCAGACACAGAAUAUUCAACCUUCUGCUGUUCUACUACAGCUGCCUGUGGGUUGAUGGGAAUUGUAGUCCAGCAAAAGCCAAGGGCAGGAUGUUCUGGACAAUGGAACCAGACCAGACCAGAUUCCUAGGAAUGCUGUCUUACGGCAGGUAUCAAGGUGAGCAAAUCCCUUGCCUGUCAUAUUUACUAUGAAGAGAGGUUUUAACCCCCCUGGAAUCUCAACUGGAGACCUCUGUGAAUACAAAGGAUUAUUUUGAUACAGCUAUAGUUAUUUCUCUUGUUUACAGAGUCAUUGUUGAUCACCCUUUUAUUGUAGAGAUUGUCUAGAACAUUCCUUCCCCCAUAUUUAUAGCGAUGAUCUGAGCUCAGCUUAUUGAUGACGAUGAAAAAGACUUGGGGAGGAGGAACAGAAAUGGAUGUUUUUAAGAAGUUUUAGAGUAAUAGCAUCUGGAUUCUCUGGUAGUGAAAUAUUUUAACCAUUUAUCUGCCCGGGGGGGGUUGACAUUAUCAAGCAUUAUAUUUAUUUUCCCAACAUUCCUUUUGAAUGAAAGCAUGUUUCUUACUAAAAUACGGGCUGCUCCCUGAGUUGUUAAGGGCUGAUGGGAGGGCCCUGUGUCAUUUUAAUUUAUUUGUUUUUAAGUGCCUUUUUAAGGGUAAGGUCACACUGGGAGAUUUGGGGGGAGAUUUAGUCGCCCGGCGACUAAUCGACUCUUCUUUGGGGGCGACUAAUCUCCCCAAACUGCUUCCGCCUGCUAGAAUAAGAAACCGCCUUCCGGCAUAGCACUUGCGGCGCUUCGUUUUCUGAACGAGGAAACUUCGGGCGGCUUCGGAAAACGAAGCGUUGCGAGUGCCAUGCUGCAGGCGAUUUCUCAUUCUGACAGGGAGAAGCAGUUCAGGGAGAUUAGUCGCGCCAAAGAAGAGGCGAUUAGUGGCCGGGCAACUAAAUCUCCCAGUGUGAACUUACCCCUAAAACGAUUUGUUCAUAGUAGUAAGGACUCACAUUCCAGUCACUAGCGGUGACAGGCAGAUUUUAGCAAGAAAAUAUACACGAUUUGAUUGGCAGAUUCCAUUGGCUGUAACAACAGGGUCCUUGGGUGGAGCAUACACUACCACUGUGCUAUGAGCCUAAGACUUAUAGACUGCCAAUCGUUUCUUCGCAUGCCCAACCCACCCCACCAGCACCUAAAUAGGAGCCAAUAGAGGCACCUUUUCUUCUGAAGAUGUUUGUGAAAUCUGAGAAUGUUGGGUAUUGGCCAGUGCCGUCAUCGUGGGUACAAUUUCUGUGACCUUUCCCAUCCAUGUGACUGCAGCUCUGAAAUAGUUUUUUUUAAAAGACUUUCCUUUUAUUAUUUAUUGAUUAGACUUUGUGCCCCCAGAGAGUUACAUGUGCUAUCGUGCAGGCAUCCCAAUUGGGGCCCCUAUUCCAGCUGGUGCCUGCGCUGUAUCAUUUGCUGGAAUCGUGUACCCUGAUUUUCUCAUAUCCACGCUCCUUGUGAUCUCUGUGCUGCCAUGUCUCAUGACGAGUAGCCAUUUCCAGAAACGAUAUUGUGGAAAAUAAAAUUCAAUGGAACAAA